AUGGCGUCUCCACCGUCGCAGUCGCAGGCUCUAGCCAAGCGACCAGACGGUCAACUAAUGCCACCUCCACCUCCUCCAAAACGAAUCAAACGUCCCUCAACCGUCCUCGACGAAGAUGUUUACACGAGCGCUCUUUCCCAUAUCAUUGCCCGCGACUUCUUCCCGGGUCUACUAGAAACCCAAGCGAAACAAGAAUACCUCGACGCACUCGAAUCCAAAGAUAAAGAAUGGAUCAAAAGCUCCAAAAUGAAGCUUGCCGGUGUCAUGCGUACUCCAACUCCAGGCUCAAAUGCGCGGAGAUACACCGACACCUCAUCGGUAGCGGGUACUCCGCAACAUUUUCCGUCCGGCCGAUCAGACGAGACACCUAGAGAUUGGAGAGGCGAUACACCGAUGUCUGUUGCGUCAGUUUCAACUACUGCCACCGCAACUGAUGGUCAAGCCCCGAAUACUCCUGAUGUCUCGAAUAUGGGACUUCUUGCUUUCCAAGCCAAAUACACUAGCGAGGAUAAUGAGUCCUUCAACAAAGUUCUAGACAAGCAGAACGCCAAGCGUCGAGAACAGAAUGACUGGCUCUGGAACGAUAACAAAAUCCCUUCUGCACGACAGAUCGCUUAUCAUAAAAACGAGGCGAAGCGCAUCACGACUCAGGGUGGGAAUCCAGAAACCGCCUUAAUCAGAAAAGAUGAUGUAUCUGAACCCGACAUCAAGACAAAUCUCGACGCUCGCCCGGCAAGACCUGAUCAUUGGAAAUCCCGCCCCGACAAUACCCUCAUGUUCCUUCCCUCUUCGGUAGAAGAUACACACGAGACCCUAGCGCAAAAGGCCGAAGCAAACUCCCGAGCAGCGCCAAAGCGAACCUUAUACCAAAACACGAGACUUCUAGAUGCCGAUGCCGCCGCCGCAGCCGACGCCACGAAUAAAGUGCCAUCGUCGCCUUCUCUCUCCGCUAUUCAAGAUGCUAUUGCUGGGCGUCCUCAUCUAGGCGAGUCGGAGGCAUCUGUUUUCCCAGGAGGCGAAACACCACGAGUAAACGGAUACGCCUUUGUCGAUGAAGAUGAAUCCGAGCCCGAAUCCGAAAUGGAAUCAUCCGAAUCUCUCGAGGCAGACUGGCGUCUUCUAGGUUCUAGCGAUUCAACACCUAAUCCAUUCCAACUGCGUGAGACUCGUAAAAGAGAAGCUUUGCAUCACCGAAUGGUAGAUCGUGUUGCGCGGAAUAAGCGUGCUGAGAAGACAGCCCGUGUGACUAAGACGCCUGUGUCUUCAACUCCUCGAUUCGCUAGCAGUCCACGGCUGGAUCUUGGACUGCGCACCUCUACGCCCUCUGGGUCUAGUUCCCACGGGAAGUCGUUGACUCCUGCUGCGCAGAAUUUGUUAUCGCAGGUUGGAAGUACACCGCGUACUCCGGCUGGAGGGUCUAGGUCUGGUUUGAGAAAUAUAUGGACUCCUACGCCGCGGCGUAAGUGA